GCAAUGUACUAAGUAAAAGGGGCAAUGAAAAUUUUAUUUAAUUCCAGUUUGCGAAAGAUAUUUGUGGUGAAUGGUGAAGUAAACUAACUAAAAUUAUAGCUCCGUACUAAAGACUGAGUGUGCGUGUGUGUGAAUAACAAAUGUUCGUCUAAGAAAAAAACAAAAUUGUUAAUUUUACUUUAACAACCAACUUGAUACUCAUUUAAUUAAUUUUGUACAAGCCUUUGCUAACGAAAAAAAAUCAAUACUCUGGUUUUCUUAAGAACAGAUUUAAGAAAUUAACUAAAUGUAUAAAAAAAGUGAUAACAAAUUAAAAAGAAAAAGGAAAUGAAUGCAAGAAGAAGAAAUCUAUAAAAAAGUAAAAUAAAAUACUCAACAAUUCGGGAACCCUUUGAAAAAUUGUAACAAAAUGUUAAUUGAUUAUUAGAAAAAAUUUGAUUAUUAUGCUUGACCGUGGUCCAGCAGCUAACGUCAUUAAAAAUAAAACAACAACAUUAAUAAUUUCAGCAACAACAAGUACAUAAUUUUCUUAUAAGUAACCGCUAUUAAAUCUCGUUUAACUUACUGUCUCCAUCCUUGUCUUACAACAGGCGUCCGAAUCGAAACGUUGGAGAAAUAUUUAAAAAUAAACCACAGCAGAAAUACAAACCGGCCAAAUAAUUAUAUUCAAACAAAUGAUGACUAAAAACGAAGCUAUUAAGCUUGCGCAGCUUAUACAAUUUAUACACUCACAGAAAAAGUAAGCGUUCGCUGACUGGAUACUGGAGGAGAUUUGUUGUUAUUUGUUUUAACAAGAGAACAUUAGGAAAUUAAGAUUUAUUUAUAAAUUAUACGUACUCGAGCAACCACAACAACAACAACUAUAACAACGAUUUAUUAAAUACCAAAACGAAAAAGAAGAAAAGACACGAAGACGGCGACAACUUUAACGAAGACAACCCCGCAGAAAAGAAAAGACGACGACGACGACUUUACAGCAACUAGUCAUCAUUUAUUUACAUUUUAAACACAUUCCUGUUUGUUUUUGUUUCACGUACAUUAUUAUUUUUGCUUUUGUUGUGUUUUGCUUUUUUUGCAUGUAAUACAUCAAAAAGAAGGCAGGCAAAUUUGUUUAUUAUUCCACAACAACCAAAAGACCAGUGAAUUGAGACCAGCAGUAACCAGAAACAAGAAACAGCAAGUAGACAGCUAAAUACAAAAAAAAAACAAGACAACAACAAACAACUCAACUCACAGAAAAAGAGAAUACUCGCCAGACUGUAUUUUAUCUCUAACACCACACAAACAACACACACACUCUAAGUUGUUAAGCCAUAAUAUUAUUUCAACAAAAUUUCAUUAUUGAUAAACAUCCAAAAACCCCAACUCAACCGACAGCUUCAGUUGGAAAAAUACUCUUCUAUCAACAUCAUCUACAUCAUCCAUUAACAACGUAACGCCAUGGCUAGCAAUAUGCAUAAUACACGCUUGUUAAGAUUUUUAAUUGUUUUAACCAUUGUCGUUUUAACCAUCUUCAUCUAUACCUCAUAUUCGUCAACACAAACCCUAGCACCUCCUCCCAUGCGCAGUGCUUCAUUGGUAUCUUAUCCACUGCUAAAUAACAAUAAUAAUCGCAGCACCACAAAUGAACUGGAUUCCAGUGCAGCUAAUUACGAUGCCAAUAGAGUGUCAAAUGGUAAUAGCAUAGAGGGCGCACAUAAAUCAUUUAUCUAUCAUGCCAAUUUACCGCAUCCCUCAUUGGGUGGUUCUCAUGGCAAUGAAAUGGUGUUUAUUAAAAAAUUAAUCCAUCAUCGAGAACCUACAAUAGAUGUUAAUGCCAUAGAUGAUGAUGGUGGUGGUGGUGGAGGAGUUGUAAAUGAGGCCGGUUUGGAAGGUCAGGGUUCAGAAGGCAGACCAUUGGCAAAUGCUGGUGGUGGGGAUGAGAAUGCCGUCGAUGAAAUGGCGUUAGAACGUUUCAAUAACAACAAUGAUCUAAUGCAAGAGGAACAAUAUGUCCAAGCGGUUGAUAAUACGUUGGGAAAUAUCAACAAUUCAGUAACAUCCGCAGCAAGUGGUGUUGGUGGUGCUGGUGGCUUAGCGUCAUCGGAUACCAAUCAGCAAUUAAAACAACAGCAUCAACAACUGCAGCAGACAUCUGAUCAGCUGCAACAGCAACAAGAUCAACAAAUUACUGCUGAUUCAAACAAUAACAACAACAAUCUAAAUAAAAUACCAGAAUCUGAUGUUUUAAUACCGACAUCAAACCUACAAAAAUUCAUAGAAAGUGCUGAUAAGAUAUUAAAAAAUAUCACUGUUCAACAGCAACAACAACCCCCUUCAGUGGCACCCGCCGACAAUGUUAAUAAAUCUUCUGAUAAAGAUGAAAUAGCACAGCCUCCGCUGGUCGACACACCAAAUGAGGCCAAAAAUUUAGUGGAUGAUGAUGAAAACGACGAAGCUUUACCACCUUCCGUUAUAAUGACCAUAAAAGGAGCUGGUACAGCGGCAGUUGAAAAGAAUAAUGAAGCCAAACAGUCACCCGCAUCGUCCGCAGCAGCUUCACCAAAUGUGCCCAAAGUUACGUCCACCACAAAAAAAGUUGCCAAAGUGGCAUCCGAUCCCACACAGGGCAUACCAACAAAACAAAUUUAUGAAUCGGGUCAUAUGAAUGAGGAAAUCGACAUUAAUCAAAUCUGUCCGAAUAAGGGCGCCAACUUGAAAUUACUGAUUCUCAUAACAUCAGCUCAAACACAUGCUGAAGCUAGAUUGGGUAUAAGACAAACCUGGGGUCAUUUCGGCACCCGACGAGAUGUUUCCACCGCUUUUAUACUAGGACGCACUACAAACGCCAGCGUCAGUGAGGCCUUGACUCAGGAGAAUAUGAUUUAUGGCGAUUUAAUAAGGGGCCAUUUUAUUGAUUCCUAUAAUAAUUUGACACUGAAAACAUUAUCCUCCCUGGAGUGGGUAGAUCAUAAUUGUCCCAAGGCCAAGUACAUACUAAAAACAGACGAUGACAUGUUCAUUAAUGUACCAAAACUAUUGCAAUUUCUCGAUGCUCAUGCAAAAGACAAACGGGUGAUUUACGGUAGAUUAGCGAAAAAAUGGAAACCCAUACGCAAUAAGAAAUCAAAAUACUACAUAUCGACAGGACAAUUUAGUGCUGCCGUCUUUCCACCCUUCACCACGGGUCCAGCGUACGUCAUGACCGGUGACAUUGUACACGAACUGUAUGAAAGUUCCCUAGAGCAGCUCUACUUAAAACUGGAGGAUGUAUUUACUACGGGCAUAGUGGCACAAAAAUUGGGCGUCAAACGUGUCCACGACAAUAUGUUCUUAAAUCGACGUAUUGCUUUCAAUCCCUGCAAUAUACGCAAAGCUAUUUCAGUCCAUAUGAUCAAGCCCAAUGAACAGUUUGAUUUGUGGAAAAAACUACUGGACCAGACAACAAAAUGUAAAUAGUAUUUUAGUUUAAGAAUAUUUUAAAAAUAAACAAACAAACCACACUCACUUUAUAUAUUAAAUUAAAAAAACAAACAUGAAAAAUAGAAACGAGUAUAUAUUUGUAAGAAACAAACAGAAUUGAAAUCAGAAAAGAAAAAAGUUAAACUUUAGUUAAUUUUGAAACUCAUAAUUGUGUAUAUUUUUUAAGCCAUUUAAUGUAUAAUUAGUAACAAAAUGAAAUAACUCUAAACUAAACUAAAAUAAAAAAAACUAUAAACUUUAAA